AUGUCCACGUCCGCUGAAGAAGGCACACACCUUAGUGAGAGUACACCAUUGUUGACUAGCGGCUCGGGUCUGGAGGAAACUCGAACUAAUCCUCGUAGUUCUGGUAGAUCCUCUCGUUUCAGACUAUUGAUUAUCCCCACGUUGAUCAUUAUUGUCUUGGUCUACGCUACCAAUUGGUACAUUACUAGCCACAGCAGUGUUAACCAAGCCUUGCCAUUUUUGGGAAAGCCUUUGAAACUUCGCGUCUACACCAACAACAUUAGACUUGAUAAUCGUUACCCAGUCAAGGGCGAGCAGCCAUGGUCCAAGCGUAAGAAGCAAGUCAUCAACUCCAUUGACUUCAACACAGCUUUGGGGCAUGCCAACGUGGUAUGCUUACAGGAAGUAUUGCACAACCAAUUGGUUGAUAUCCUUGAGGGGUUGAAUAAGAACGCUGAGCAGAUCUGGACCUAUUAUGGAGUGGGUCGCAACGAUGGUUUAGAAGCUGGCGAAUAUGCUCCUAUAUUGUACAAGAACUCUGAUUGGAUUUUGCUCGAUAACCAGACGUUCUGGCUUAGUGAAACUCCUUGGAAGCCAAGUAAGGGAUGGGAUGCAGCCCUUGAGAGAAUUGUCACUAUGGUCACAUUGGAAUCUAGGAUUAAUCCUUUGAUCAAGGUGAAUGUGUUCAAUACACACUUUGACCAUCGGGGUGUAUUGGCUAGGAAGAAGUCGGCGGAGUUGAUUGUUGACAAGAUGGAAAACUUUAACGAUAACCCAUCGUUUCUUUGCGGUGACUUUAAUACCCAGCCCAAGGAUCAACCUUACCAUGUUUUAUCUGAUGCUGGAUUCAAAGAUAGUAGAAAGUUGGUUGACUAUGAUUACUCAUAUGGCCAUAGUACGACGUUCACCGGCUUUAAUAAGGAGAAGGAGGACUCUUCUAUUAUUGAUUACAUCUGGUCACCAUACUUUUCCCAAGGAAAUUUCGGAAACGAUACCUCGCCGGUUAAAGAUUAUGAAGAUGAAGUAGCCAAUGAGAUGAACAACUACUACAACCUUGAACACCAUUUGGUUUAUGAUAUAGUAAUCAAGCAAUUUGGGAUCUUGCACAAUUACUUCAAAGGUUUUUACUUCUCUGACCACAGACCUGUCGUCGCCAGCUAUGAGAUAACUAGAACACAUCUUCUUUAA